AUCGUAUUCUCACAAAAGCAAUCAGCUAAAAACAAAAUACAGAAGGCCAGUCAAUACCCUGAAUUUGGUGACAGACGGGAAAAGGAGACGGAUGGGGUUCAGAUCCAGCUUGGUGGGUUUGGUGCCAUUUGUUGCCAUGGUGAUGGUGGAGUGCCUGGAUGUUGGCCUGACCACACUGAGUAAAGCAGCCAUGUCAAAAGGGAUGAGUCACUAUGUCUUCGUUGUCUACUCAAAUGCCCUUGCCACUCUCAUCCUCCUUCCCUCUUCUUUCAUUAUCCACAGAAACAAGAGGCCUCCACUGACCAUCUCUCUCCUCUGUAAAUUCUUCCUCCUCAGUCUUGCUGGGAUAACAGUGAUGCAGAAUUGUGUAUUCACUGGCGUAAGCUACAGCUCUCCUACCCUUGCAUCUGCUAUGAGCAACUUGGUCCCAGCAUUCACUUUCUUGCUUGCUGUAAUCUUCAGGAUGGAAGAACUAGGCUUGAGAAACUCGAGAAGUCAGAUCAAGAUUAUGGGGACCCUGGUAUCAAUCUCAGGAGCAUUGAUUGUUACCCUUUACAAGGGCCAGGCAAUUGGCUCUCCGCAAAUUCAGUUCUCUAAAACCACUCUUCCAGGGCAACCAUCUCCAUCCACUAUGUUGGCAACAACAAAUAAUUGGAUAAUUGGGGCCCUUUUCCUUGCAACUGCUAGUAUAUGUCUUGCAGUGUGGAAUACUGCUCAGGCUGCAAUCCUAAAAGGGUACCCAUCAGAGAUGACUAUAGUCUCCUUCUAUUGCUUCUUUGGGACAAUCCAAUGUACAGUAGUUUCUUUGAUUGCUGAAAGAGAUCCAAAUGCUUGGAAAUUAAGGCCUGAUAUUGAGCUUGUCUCAAUUGUCUACUCAGCUCUUUUUGGAAGCGUAGUGACGUUUUCUACAUUAACAUGGUGCAUACAUAAGAAGGGGCCUUUAUUUGUUGCCAUGUUCAAGCCCCUGGGGAUCGCUAUCGCUGCUUUGAUGGGUGUCAUCUUCCUUGGCGACACACUCCAUGUUGGAAGUGUGAUUGGAGCAAUUAUAAUCGUUGCAGGAUUUUAUGCUGUCAUAUGGACACAAUACAAAGAAGAGGAAACGGGCAAAUCCCUUGAAGUUGAUAGGCUACCGGCGCCCUCACAGAAGAGUCCUCUCUUGGAGAGUCAGACAGAUGCAUAAAAAGCAGUUGAAUCAUCACUUGUUUAUCAUCUUUAGAACAUAUUCAAGCCAAUCUACUUUCACAAUUUUAUACAGGAACAGGAAAUUAAGAAAAGAAAAGUGAGAGUAGAUAUGUUCUUUAUCUCCUUUUGGAAUCUGCUAGUGUAGAUGGAUUAUAUCAUGGAAAAUCUAGUGUCGCUUGUAGGCUUGAAAAUGGUGGUCAAGAGUCCCUUACCCAUGUUAAUAGAGAUUUUUUUUCCCUGCUAAAAAGAGGAGAAACCUCGUACACUGUGUCAACCUGAGUGUUAUGAGUGGAUCAUGAUGAUGCACAGGCUGUUAACCUUUGAACA